AUGGCAGACAACGCACCCCCCUCCGCCGAGACGCUCCUCAGCGGUGCCGCCGCUCAGGCACCCAAGACCGCCGAAGAGAUUGCGAACCAAUAUGACCUGCUCCCCAAGCUGAUUCCCUAUCUCGACCGACACCUGGUUUUCCCUCUGCUGGAGUUCAACUCGGGUAACUAUGACGAGAAGGAGGCGCUGCGGGCGAAGUAUGAGCUGCUCAAGCACACCAACAUGACCGACUACGUUGCGAACCUGUGGAAGGAGAUUAACGACUCGGAGGCCAUUCCCGACGAGUUUGUCAAGAAGAGGGAGGAGGUUCUGGCCAAACUGAACCAGUACCAGGAGCAGAGUGCCAAGAUCACCGAGCUGCUGCAGGACGAGAGCGUGGUCGGCAACCUGCGGAGCGACAAGGUCGCUAACUUGCGUUUCCUGGAGGAGCAACAUGGUGUUACCGUCGAGAUGGUCAACAGCCUUUUCGACUACGGCCGGUUCCAGUACAGCUGCGGCUCCUACGGCAAUGCUGCUGAACUGCUCUACCAGUUCCGUGUGUUGUCGACUGACAAUGACAAGGUGGCCUCGGCGACGUGGGGUAAGUUCGCGUCCGAGAUCCUCACCACCAACUGGGAUGGUGCGAUGGAGGAGGUGCAGAAGGUCAAGGAUUCGAUCGAGACACGCCUGUUCAACAACCCUCUGGGUCAGCUGCAGAACCGCUCGUGGCUCAUCCACUGGUCGCUGUUCCCCUUCUUCAACCACGACCCCGCCCGCGAUGUCAUCACCGACCUCUUCUUCUCCCCCGCCUACAUCAACACUAUUCAGACCAGCUGCCCGUGGAUCCUGCGGUACCUUGCCGCGGCCGUCAUUACCAACCGCAGCCGCGCACACAAGAAUAGCAGCGCGUAUCAGAAGCAACUGAAGGACCUCAUUCGCGUCGUGCGUCAGGAGGGCUACGAAUACUCUGAUCCGAUCACCGACUUCGUCAAGGCGCUCUACAUCGACUUCGACUUUGAAGAGGCACAGAAGAAAUUGGGCGAGGCGGAGGAUGUCUUGCGCAGUGACUUCUUCCUCGUUUCUGCCGCCGACGCUUUCGUCGAGGCCGCCAGACAUCUGAUCUCGGAGAGCUACUGCAAGAUCCACCAGCGCAUCGAUAUCAAGGAUCUUUCCACCCGUCUGGGACUGAACCAGGACGACGGUGAGAAGUGGAUCGUCAACCUGAUCCGUGAUACCAGGGUUGAUGCCAAGAUUGACUACAAGGAGGGAACAGUCAUCAUGAACCACCCCCCUCAAUCAGUGUACCAACAGGUCAUUGAGAAGACGAAGGGAGCUUUCUUCCGGACACAAGUCCUGAGGUAG